AUGUUUUGUAUAGACCAUAGAUCUAUCCUAACCUGGAAGCAUAAUAGGUCACCUUUAACUCUGCAGAUGUCCACAGAGGUUUGUGUGAUAUUUCCGUUGCUUUCUGUCCCAUCAGUCACAUCCUGGGCUUCUCCAGCCAGGAUCUGCUGAUCGGUCCCAUCAUCAGGAAGGAGCUUGAGGAGCAGCUCAGUCAGCAGACGUCCUUCCUUCACCUGCUUCACUGAUCUCUGUUUCAGUCGCUGGAUGUGGCUGCACGGUUCAGAUAAAGAGGCUAUUGAAGCGUUUGAGCGAGCGUUGGGGUCCGUCCUGCAGCUGGAGGAGCUUCACACGCUGUGGAUGGACUUCCUGCUGUUCAGCUGCAGACCGCAGACCAUCAGCGUCUCCAGAAAGCUGUUCCCAGAUCUGGUCCAUCGCUGCCUCAGCACACUCCCGUCACGGUUGGAGCUUCCUUUUAAUCCUGCACAGUUCUGGAGCUGCUACCACUUCCAUAACAAGGUUGUGUCCCUCUACCUGAAACACGUCCCGCUCUCCCAGCGCGCUCUGGUUCUGGAGAGGCUGAGAAACGCCAUGCCGAGCAACCCUGAGCUGGGCCUUAGGUUGUUGCAUCAGGAGUUUGUUGAGGGAAACAUGGAGCAGCUGAAGUUUCAGGCCCGCAUGCUGACCAGCAACACUCCUCGAUGUUUGUCCAGCUGGAGAAUAGCAAUCGCUGUGGAGCGGGAGCUGAAGGAGCGUGGCCAGAUGCGUCUUCUGUAUCAGCAAGCUCUCCAAAACCUGCCUCUGUGCGCCGCCCUGUGGAAAGAUCGGUUGUUGUUCGAAGCAGCGGAGGGCGGCGCCUCCGACCGUCUGCGGCGGCUGGUGGACUCCUGUCAGCAGGCGGGGGUCAACCUGAGUAUCGGGGGGGUGGAUCUGUGAUCAGACUGAUAGUAGAGCUGAUCAGUAGGUGACUGAUUGACGAGGUAAGGCCACGCCCCCCCAGCCUGCCAUCCUCCUACCUCAGUGAAUGUAAGUAUGCUGCUGCUGAGUGACGCCUUUGCUCUUCAUCACCUUCUCUUUAGUUGCUCUCACCUUUCAGUUGGACUCAUUUCCCUCCCUUUUUUUAGUUAACUCACCUAACGAGGGGUGGGGGCAGCCCCAUCCCUAACCCAGACCCUCCCCCACGUUUUUGUUUUCUUUGUGUGUGGACUUUUAUUUUGGUAAACCGAUGAAAGACAAGUGUUCAGGUUAUUGACCUAGUAUCUGUGCGGAGACGGCCCCGCCCACCUGUGUAGUGUUUUCUGAUUGGCUGAGUAUUUGUAAGAGACUGCCUCGGAAACAGAAGGUCGCUGCGGGAACCAGCCGAGCUCAGCCGGACUGCUCAUGUGCAAUCUGUUGUCAUGACAACUAAAGAGACUUUUGUGCUGCCACUUUUGUUUUCUACGUGUCAGAUGUUAUUAAAUUAUUUUAUAUAAAGAUGGAAA